CUCCGGCUCCCGGGGCAUAAAGUGGCGCUUCGCAGGGAGGCCGGGAAGGUCGGCUGCAGGGCUGGAAGCUGGCAUCCCACUCCGGAGACCCGGGUCAGAAGGCUGGGACCCAAAACCUCUCAAAAUGGCCAACCAGAUCUACAGCACAGCUCCCAGGAAUUCCUGGAAUAAACGUGUAAAUCCCGACCUGGAUAUUGAGAGGAAGAACAAAUCAUUCAAUGUCGAGAGACUAACAAACAUCCUAGAUGGUGGUGCAGAAUUUACUCAGAAACGGAGACAAAUUGAGAGCAUCAUCCACAGUGACCCUGUGUUCAACCUAAAGAACAAUUACUUCAUGAGCCAGAACCAACGGUAUGAAGCCGCCAUUCAGAAGAGUGUUCAUUACAGGAAGCUGAUGAUGCAAAGGGGCUGGAAGGAAGAUGGUAUUGAAAAAAAGUAUAUUUACAGGGCCCUUGCUGGAGAUACGGCCUUCAACAUCCAUUCAGUCUUCAAGGAAGCCCUCAAUAGUCUGGGUUCCGAUGAGCAAAUCAAGAAGUGGGCUCCCCUGAUAGACAACUUCCAGAUCAUCGUGACCUACGCUCAGACAGAACUGGGACACGGCACGUACCUUCAGGGUCUCGAGACAACAGCCACCUAUGACACGUCCACCCAAGAAUUUGUGCUAAACACACCGACAUUAUCUGCAACCAAGUGGUGGCCCGGAGAUUUGGGCAGAACGGCGACCCACGCGCUGAUCCUGGCGCAGCUCUACUCCUCGGGAAGGUGCCACGGCAUGCACGGCUUCCUCGUGCCCAUCCGCAGCCUUCACGACCACUCCCCUCUGCCAGGAAUAACCGUAGGGGACAUCGGGCCCAAAAUGAACUUCGAGCAGACGGACAAUGGUUUCCUCCAGUUAGAUCACGUCCGGAUUCCAAGGGAAAACAUGCUGAACCGUUUCUCCCAGGUUUUACCGGACGGGACCUACGUGAAGCAGGGUACCCCCCAAAGCAAUUACCUCACCAUGAUUGUGAUUCGGGUCCAGCUGCUGGCCAGCGAGUUCAUCCCCGCCCUGAUGAAGGCAUGCAUCAUCGCCACGCGCUACUCCGUGGUCCGGCACCAGUCCAAGAUCAAGCCCAGUGAACCAGAAGCAAAAAUCCUGGACUAUCAGACUCAGCAACAGAAGCUGUUUCCCCAACUGGCCACGGCCUACGCCUUCCACUUCAUAGACGAAAGCCUCAAUGAAUUCUUCAAGAAAUCCUAUCAAGAGAUAAUCAAUGGAAAUAUCACCAAUCUACCAGAGCUUCACGCGCUCAGUGCAGGGAUGAAGGCCAUGAUGUCAGACCACAGCAUCCUGGGAGCCGAGCUCUGUCGGAGGGCCUGUGGUGGGCAUGGCUAUUCCCAGCUGAGUGGACUGCCCUCCCUGGUCACAAAAGUAACAGCCUCCUGUACCUACGAAGGAGAAAACACAGUACUGUACCUGCAGACAGCCAGGUUCCUGCUAAAGAGCUUCCUACAGGUCCAGUCUUCCCGAGGCGCUGCGCCCCUGCCUCAGUCCAUCCAGUAUCUCGCUUCAGCUGGGAGCGACAGGUGUCCAGCGCAAAGAACGGCCGACUUCCUCAGCCCGGCCCUCUACACGGAAGCCUUUGCCCACGUAGCAGCCAGGCUUAUAAGGAACUCGGCUCAGAAACUACACACUCUCACCAGCUCUGGGACUGACCAGUACGUGGCAUGGAACCAGACGGCCAUCCUGCACCUCCACGCAGCCAAGGCUCACUGUUACCACUUUACUGUGAAAACCUUCGUGGAAUCUCUAAGAAAACUUGAAAAGGAACCCGAGAUCUACCAAGUAAUUAAGCGACUCUGUGAUCUCUACGCCCUACACGGCCUUCUGUCCAAUCUGGGCGACUUCCUACACGAUGGCUACAUGUCUGGGGCCCAAGCCGACCUGGCGACCGAGGCCUAUUUCAGCCUCCUGUCUCUGAUCCGGAAAGACGCAGUUUUAUUAACUGAUGCCUUUGAUUUCUCCGAUGAGUCCUUAAAUUCUGCACUUGGCUGUUAUGACGGAAAUGCCUACGAGCGGCUGUUUGAGUGGGCCCAACUCUCACCGACCAACACCGAGGGGAAUCCUGCCUAUGAGAAAUACCUGAGGCCAUUCUUAAAAAAUAACCGAUCCAAAUUAUGAGAUUUGCCAACCUCGGACUCUAUUUUACUUUCAAGCAGUAGAAGGAAAUUACCCUCUAAAUGUAUGAUACUGUGAUAAAGGGAAAUCCAGUGUACUUGUUGAAGACAGGCAAAUCAUUACCUUCUACUAGAGGUGUACCUUCGGCAGUAUUGUGAAAAAUAAACCUUUCCUUAUCAAGUGCCUAAUUCUUAACAAGCCUUAAAUUCACAAAAAGAAACUAUGGAUAUGAGCAGGAAUUAAUAAUAUCAGCUUACUCCUUUGAAGGACAAUAUGCCUAAUUUUUUAUACAGAUUUAAAACUAUUUUUUUCACGAUUCCAGUAUUAAAUUGUCUCUAUUUUUUUUCCUUAUGGAAUAUCCUACCACAAGUCAAAGAAUACACUACCAACUCAAGUUUACAACUUAUCCACUUAAACAUUUAGCUGUUAUAUGUUUCAAUGGGACAAUGUACCAAUCAUUCAAAAAUCUGAAAGAAAACAACUUUGGUUUCGAGGCUUUAGACUCAACCGUGUUGCUGGGAAUAAAAAAAUUAAAAAAAAAAAAA